AUGUUGUUUUCUUCAAAAAAUAAAAUAUAUUCAAUUAAUUCCUCAAACCAUCAUUUGCCUCAGUCAUCUUUAUUAUUAAUUCAUGAUGCUAAAAUUAAAAGGAUUAGUUUAAGUUUUUGGGAAGCAACAUUUGCCUGUUUAAAUAUAAUAAUGUCAUUGCCCUACUCCAUCAUUUCUUUAUUUAAAUUUAACAAUCUAUUCACAACAAAAUAUAAUGGAAGAUUUGCAUUUCUCGAUAUUUUUCGUUUUAUUGCUUUAUGUUGGGUAGUUAUUAACCAUUUAGGAAGUGAAGGACGUCUUGAUAUUUUGAGAAGAGAGAAAACUGGAGAUUUAUUUAAACAAAAUAUACAUGAACAUCCAAUAUUUGGUCCAUUACUUGGUAAUUCAGCUCUUGGUGUUGAGAUUUUUUUGUUCCUUUCUGGAUUUCUCGCAGCCCGAUCCUGGCAAAGACACAGAAGUGUUGACCGUCCAUUUUGGUUAAAUGCCUCUGGUUUUUUGUUUCGACGUUGGUUGAGAUUGGCCCCACCAACUUUAGCUUUUAUAUACAUUGCAGCAGGCCCUCUGGGUAAAUGGGCAUUGCCACAAUUUUAUCAUUCAAUGGUCUCAAACUGCUCAUCUAAACAAUUAUUUUCACAUGUUCUUUUUAUAAAUAAUUUUUCGAAAAUACCAACUUGUAUGGGGUGGCUUUGGUAUUUAGGCCUAGAUUGGCAAUGUUACUUAUUAACUCCGUUUUUGUUAUAUUUACUUGAGAAAAGGCCUCGAUUUGGAAUUUCUUUAUUGAUAAUAAUGAUUGGAGGUUCUAUUUUUAUUCGUGGAUGGCAUUGCCAAAUAAAUGGAAUUUGUAAUAAUAGCGAUGUUGAUAUUCCGUUUGUUUAUUUUCCCAACCUUUCCAAUGAUAUUCUUCAAACUUAUUCUUCGCUUUUUUCACUUUAUGCUCGUCCAACAACAAAAAUCGGUCCUUUCCUUAUAGGACUAAUUAUGGGCUAUUUUACAACAUUAAAAGAAACUUUUCUAUUAAAACCAAAAACUUCAAAAUUCCUUUUCUUUGGAGGAUUUUUAUUAUUAUUUUUGACAAUUUAUGGAAUUUUGCCCGAAUAUUGGUAUCCGAACCAAGGGAAUACUUUAUACAAUAUCUUAUAUACUGCGACGUUUCGAACGAUUUUUACUCUUGGGAUUGCUUUUAUUGUUAUUUCUGUUCUUUAUGGAGAAAGAUCGAGCCGCCCAAUUUCACGUAUUUGGUCUAUAUUUGCUCAAUUAACAUUUUCUGCAUUUCUUGUACACAUGCCUGUGGUAUUUAUUUUCAACUACAUUUCAGCCUUCCAAAGAAUUGAAUCUGUUUAUGGCCUUCUUUUAGCUUUUCCUUUUGCUUUGAUUUUAACAUUUUUUGUGGCUUUAAUCUUCCAUUGUUUUAUUGAAAAACCUUUAGCAAAAUUAUUUUUAAUUUAA